AUGUCAACGUGGGGUGACUACUUCCGAGUCACCACUUAUGGUGAAUCCCACUGCCGCUCCGUCGGUUGUAUUGUCGAUGGAUGCCCCCCGGGCAUGGAGCUCACCGAGGAUGAUAUUCAACCCCAAAUGACCCGCCGACGCCCCGGCCAGAGCGCCCUGACCACCCCGCGCAACGAGAAAGACCGUGUUGAGAUUCAAUCAGGAACCGAGUUUGGUGUCACCUUAGGCACUCCAAUUGGCAUGGUUGUGCGCAAUGAGGACCAGCGCCCCAAGGACUAUGGCAACAAGACUAUGGACAUGUACCCUCGCCCCAGUCAUGCGGAUUUCACCUAUCUCGAGAAGUAUGGCGUCAAGGCUAGCAGUGGUGGUGGACGAAGUAGUGCCCGAGAGACAAUUGGCCGUGUCGCCGCCGGAGCCAUCGCCGAAAAAUACCUGCGCCUUUCGCACGGCGUCGAAAUCAUCGCGUUCGUCUCCUCCGUUGGCAACGAGCACCUCUUCCCCGCCACGGCCGAGCACCCUACCCCAUCAACCAACCCAGAGUUUCUCGACCUUAUCGAGAAGAUCGACCGCAAGACCGUCGACGCCUUUGUCCCCACCCGCUGUCCGAGCGAAGAUGCGGCCGCGCGCAUGACCAAAGUCAUCGAACACUUUCGUGACAACAGCGAUAGCAUCGGCGGCACAGUAACCUGCGUGAUCCGCAACGUCCCCGUCGGCCUCGGCGAGCCCUGCUUCGACAAACUUGAGGCCGAGCUCGCACAUGCCAUGCUCAGCAUCCCCGCCACAAAGGGAUUCGAAAUCGGCUCUGGCUUCGGCGGCUGCGAAGUCCCCGGCUCAAUCCACAAUGACCCCUUUGUUGCCUCCGAAGUCCAGACCCAGCUUGGCCCCGAGAGCACGACGCAACAGCGCCUCACAACGAAGACCAACAACUCCGGUGGUAUCCAGGGUGGUAUCUCCAACGGUGCCUCCAUCUACUUCCGCGUUGCAUUCAAACCACCUGCCACAAUCGGCCAGGCCCAGCAAACAGCCACCUACGAUUUAGGUGAUGGUGUCCUGGAAGCCAAGGGCCGCCACGACCCCUGCGUUGUGCCUCGUGCUGUACCCAUCGUCGAAGCCAUGUCCGCACUCGUCGUCAUGGACUCCUUGAUGGCCCAGUAUGCGCGUGAAAGCGCAAAGUCUCUCCUUCCGCCGUUGCCCAAGACAAUCCCCACUCGCCCUACAACAGGGACGAACUAA